AUGACAACUACUUUAACAAAUAACAACGAUAAUCAUAUCUUUGUUAAUUUUUCCCAUUUUUUGUUAAAAAAAAUUGUUAGAAAUUUAAAGAUAGUUGAUAGUAUUAGAUUCACACUUGUAUCUAAAAAAUGGUUCCAGGAGAGAGAUAAAUAUCUUUUGUUUGAAGAUGAAGUUCAACCUGAAGAUUUAAUAUAUCUAUUAUCUUUCAAAAAGAUCCGUUUUGAUAUAGAUUUUCCACAAACAAGAUUGUUUAUUGUUGAUGAAAUUAAUGAUACUCAUUAUGAGGACAAUUACAGUCAAUACGAGACACCAGAUGAUGAGUUGACUAUUAAAAGAAUGGAGGGUAUAAGAGAAGUCUUCUUUGAAGUAGAUAAUCUAAAUAUUGCAAAAUAUAAAGAAAUCUUGGAGAAAUCAAAUGUCCAAAUAGUAUCGGCAAGAAGAAUUGAACAGUUGACACCUGGUAGCUUACCAUCAAAAUUGAAAAAUCUGGAUAUUGAUGACUAUCCUUUCAGGUUAGAGAGUAAUCAUCUUCCAUCAUCAUUGGAAAAUCUUAGUCUUUUGUCAAACAAUCAUAAUCCAUUUCAAAUUAGCUCAUUACCUCCAAAUCUGAAAUCAUUAACUUUUUUUAGAGUUUUCGGUGAAAUUGCAUUUGAAGACAUUAGAAAUGUUAAUAUUCUUCCAAAGACUUUGACCAAAAUCAAAAAUUGCCCAUAUCAAUGGAUAAAGUUUUUAAAAAACCUUCCAUUUUUAACAACACUCCAAAUCACAGAAAAUAUACCAAAUGGAUACUUGGAACCUGGUGAUUUCCCAGAGAGUUUGACAAACCUAAGUUUACAAAGUCCAAUCGAACUCAUUGAAUCUUUAAUUCCUCAAUCCAUUCAACAUCUAAAUCUACCAAAUUGUAUUUUGGAUCUUUCUUCAAAUGAAUUGCCAAGAAGUUCACACUUUCAAAGUCUCUGUGUUAAAGACAUCAAUUCUCCUAUUCUACCAAACCAAUUACCACCCUAUAUCAAAGAACUCAAUUUGAUAAAAUACAAUCAAGAGCUUGUACCUGGAAGUUUGCCAAACGGAAUUGAAACUUUAAAACUCCCAACUUUGGAUGCAGGUUUCCUUUAUGAAGGAGUAAUACCAUCUUCAACAAAAAAUCUUCAUUUGUUCGAGGCUCACUCAGAAAACCCAUUUAAAGCUUCUUCAAUUCCAAAUGCAGUCGAAACCCUUGAACUUGGAAGUCUUGAUUCGGAUAUUGAUUUUGGGAUGAUCCCAAAUUCAGUUUGCUCAAUAACAUGUAAUAUUGGAUUGAUCAAGAAAUAUGGUAUCAAUUCAAUCAAAUCAACAGUUAACCAUAUCAAAAUUAUUGGAGAAUUGAAUUAUGAAUUUGAUCGAAUCGAUCAAAACUGGUUUUUUGCCUAUUACUGUGGUUAUUCUUUUAUCCAAGAAAAAUCUAUCCUGAAUCUUUUGGAGAAAGAUAAACCAUUAGUAAAUUUACAAACUUGUCAGACACAAUAA